AUGCUAGACACUCGUAAUAUCAUGUGCUGUAUUUUAAAGUUUUGGUUGAUAAUAUUAAUAUUUCAGAGCUCAGCUAAUAUAGAAGCAAAGACCGCUUGCUCUACCAAUGAUAUACACGCUUUGAUUCUCGCUCGUAGUGGUAGCAAGGGAAUUAAAUAUAAGAAUUUAGCUAAAAUUGAUGGAUUGUCUCUCUUAUCACGUACUAUACUGACAAUCAGAAAUUCUACUUGCUUUGAACAUAUCUGGGUCUCUACAGAUGACGAAAAAAUUGCACUUGAAGCUACCAAAUAUGGUGCUCUUGUGCAUAGUCGACCUGCGAAAUAUGCUAUGGAUGAAUCCUCAUCGAUUGAGGCCGUUCAGGAAUUUCUGGAAGUCCACAAGACAAUACACAAUUUUGCUUUAUUUCAAUGCACUUCGGUUUUUUUAAGAGAAAAAUACAUUAGCGAAGCGGUAAUCAAAUUUAACUCGCAUGAUUGUGUCUUUGCUGUGAAAAGAUCUCAUUAUUUGCGAUGGAAAAUGGUAAAUGGAAAAGUAUUACCCGUUAAUUUCAAUUCAAAAGCCAGGCCUAGACGGCAAGACUGGGAGGGAGAUUUGGUAGAAGCAGGAAUGUUUUAUUUCUCAAAAAGAAAGUUGGCCAUGAAAGGAAUAUUUCAAAAUGAAAUGUGUUCUAUUGUUGAAAUCGCAGCAGAGGAUGGCUUGGAAAUCGAUUCCAGUCGAGACCUUACCAUUGCACGCUGUAUUAUAACUGGUUGUUUAUAGGUAAUAAAUACAGUUAUUAAAAUGUAAAUUUUAACUGAAUGAUUUUGAUGGGAAAUAUAUCGUUAAAUACGAUAGAUUGAUUAUUUCCUUAGUGUUCUUGUGAACUACAUUGAAAUACCAUAUCAAAUCGAUAUUGAAUAAAAUGAGAAACUGUUACAACCGCA